UAGUUGUGUUUGUUUAAUAACAAGUGUUUCUUCUUCAUGUCCUCCUCAGAAAUGUCUUCGCUGUGGAGCUUGAGACCGGCGCUGACGUCACUGUUUCAAGCGUCCCAGCAUGCAUCUGGCUGGACGGGUCCCGCCCUCUCCAGGACCAUGGCCACCCUGAACCAGAUGCACCGCCAGGGGAAACCCAAACCGCCUGUCAAGUCCGUCGGCGCCACGUUCGGCCGCCCGCAGCUGAAGGCGGUGAUCCUGAAGACCAUGAUCCGGAAGCCCAAGAAGCCAAACUCCGCCAACAGGAAGUGCGCUCGAGUGCGUCUGUCCAACGGCAAAGAGGCGGUGGCCUUCAUCCCCGGGGAGGGCCACAACCUGCAGGAGCACAACGUGGUGCUGGUGGAGGGGGGGCGGACCCAGGACCUGCCCGGGGUCAAGCUCAAGGUGGUGCGAGGCAAAUAUGACUGUGCUCACGUGGUGAAGAAGAAGCAGUAGAGAUG